UCAGUAGGUAAAUAUUUUGUUCUUUUUUUAUGCUCUUGAUUUUGAUGUUUUCUUGGAUUAUGCUUCUUUAAUCAUCUACAACUUUUUUAAGUUGGUGCAAUCUAGUUGAUUUCUACUACACUGAGGGACCUGAAAAAAUUUUCCCAGAAAAAAUUCUAGCGAGUUCAAUGGAAUGAGUAGAAAAUACGAGUUAGAGAAGUUAUUAAUAGCAAGUUCGUAUCCGUUGGGGGAGAGAGAGAGAGAGAGAGAGAGCUCUAAACUCAUCUCCUUUGUCCUUCCAUUUUUAGUUAUCAUCACGGACGCUUGUGUUCAUCAUACUAUGCUGAGAAAAGGCCUAUUGAGAAAUCGGCUGGUUUUCAAUUUUCUCUUACUUCAGUUGCGCAUUUUGAUGUAUACUCGGCGUAUCAGACAAAUGUUGCUCUAAAUCACGUCAAAUUAUCUAAACGCGGUGUCUCAUGUUCAUUAGUUGAGCUGAGAAGCUGAGACUUCGAGCCAGUCAAUGUACGUUUGGGCUUUGAUAUACUGCCUUGGAAAGGGUUUUCUUUUCGCAACAUUGGAGCUUCUUUCAUGUGGUACUGGAUGUUCAGUAGGAGUAGAGCCACAGAAUGCUGGAUGGAUGAGAGGAGUAAUGACAAUCUAAAACACUGAUGAAAGUUCUACAAAUCUUUUGAGUGUCACCCCGGAGAUCAAGUCGGUGUUUCACCUGAAUUGAACAUGGAGACUAUUGCACAUUUCAGCCACCGACACCUGCUGACAAUAUGUGAGAUCAGCGAGCAUAAAGAAGUUAACUGCGCUGCAUGCGAGAAGCACUGCUCCAAUGAAUCUUACUGUUGCAAAGAAUGUAAAUUUUUUCUCCAUAAAUCAUGUGCGGAGCUUUCGAGAGAGCUCAAACACGAUUUACAUCCUCACAGUUUAACCCUCUGUGAUACUGUAAACUAUGGCAGCAUCUACUGUGAUGGCUGUAUGAAGAGAUUCCGCGGCUUCACCUUUCGAUGUGAGAAGUGCAACUUUGAUCUCGAUAUUGAAUGUGCUCAGAAGUCCACCUAUGGUUCCAAUGUCAAGAAGCAAAUUCAGCACUUCAGCCAUGGCGAUCCCUUAAUAUUGAUGGAGGUGAUUGAUGAGGAUAAAGAAGUUUGGUGCAGAGCUUGCGAAAAACGCUGCUUGAACAUUGCAUAUUCCUGUGACUCAUGUCAAUUUUUUCUCCACAAGUCAUGUGCGGAGUUGCAGCAAGAGCUCUGCCACCCAGUACACUCGCAUACCCUAAAGCUCUGCCCAACCGUAGAUGAUGAUGCAGGAUUAUCAUGUGAUUUCUGCGGAGAAAUCUUUCAUGGCUUUGUGUACCAGUGUAAUGAAUGUCAGUUUCACCUAGAUGUGAUAUGUGCACAACUGCCUUCCAGUGAAACUAGGGGUCAGAAGCAGACAGACCAUUUUGGUCACAGGCACCCUUUGACUCUUCGCUUGAGGGAUGACGAAGAUGAUGGUUUUAAAUGCAGAGCAUGUGAUGAGAGCAUUGAGAGGUGCUUAGGUCCAGUCUACGGUUGUGAGCAGUGCAAGUAUUUUCUCCACGAGUCAUGUGCAGAAUUACCGUUGGAGCGGGAACACUUCUAUCACGAACAGCAUCCCCUGAAACUUCAGGUUGCAAAGUACCACAACUGUGCUCUCUGUGGUAACAGAAUUGAAGGCUACACGUACCGCUGCGAGCAAUGUGACUUUGACCUGGACGUUUUAUGUGCUCAGAUGACCUCCAUGAGACCUGGAGAAGGAAGAGUGACACGUACGAGGAAAAAAGUCGAAGACAUAAAAAAGCAACAUUUCUGUCAUGAACAUGUGUUGACAGGUAGCGAGAAGAGCGAAGAGGAUAGAGUUUUUUGCAGCGGAUGCAAGAAACAGUGCUCCGGUCUAACCUAUGCAUGUGACACGUGUAAGUUUUAUCUCGAUGAAGCGUGCUCUGAGUUACCCAGAGAGUACGAACACUUCUUCCAUCCGCUCCACAAGCUCACCCUCCAGAAUAGCCAUUUGGGGGUUUACUGUAGAGCCUGCGAAAAAAAGUGCUGUGGCUUUACCUUCUCUUGCAGGGAAUGCAAGUUCCAUAUGGAUGUUGUGUGCGCUAUGAAGGCCAAAAAAGUAACUCGCGAUCCGGAUUGCUAUAUUCCACACUUCAGUCAUGGGCAUCCCCUAAAAAUCACUGAUGAGGAGUGGAACACUAAGUGUUUAGCUUGCAGUAAACAGCGCUUGGACUCGGGCCUAAUAUAUGGUUGCAAGAAGUGCGGGGUGUGGCUUCAUAAGUCAUGCGCUGAAUUACCACAGAAGAUCGAUCGUCACUUCUUUCAUAAAAAAUGCACAGGUCAACUCAACUUGGAAGUUCGACCCACCCUGAAGCCCGGGCUAAGAAAGGUAAAGUGCUGGGCCUGUCACAAAGAAUGCCAGGGGUUUUUAUUCCGCUGUGAGAUCUGUCCGUUCAAGUUGGACGUAGCAUGCGCUUUAAUGCCCUCUAUCAUUCCUGAAGGUACUCAGACAAAACAUUUUACCGGGCAUGGGCACCCUUUACAGCUACGUCAAAUCAAUGAAGAUGCUACAGUUCGCUGGUGCUCUGUAUGUGAGAACCAUUGCGUCGAUGCAACGUAUGAGUGCAGUCUAUGUGAGUUCUUUGUCCAUGCAUCCUGCACAGAACUGGCUCCAAUCCGUCAUCCUUUUCAUCCUAACCACCGGUUAGAGCUGGGCAACAAAGACAGAUUCACGUGUAAAGCCUGUCUCAAAGAAAGUUCUGGCUUCACUUAUGAUUGCCAUUCAUGCCCCUUCUUCAGCCUCCAUGUUGGCUGUGCAAAUCUAAAGCCCAAAAUACAAUUUGAUGCUCAUGAGCACUACCUUUGUUUCUUUGACAGUUUAUAUGCCAAAGUAAAGUGCAAUGCCUGCAGAGGAGAAAUAGUCCCAUGUUCCGGCAAGAAAAACAAAGGGGAAAUGGAAAUCAAAGAAGAAGUCGUUCGCUGUGUUCGUUGUAAUUACAAUCGACAUCUUGUAUGUGGUCCAUUACCUUGCACAAUCAAAUCUGAGGACCACAAACAUGACAUCCAACUUGAGGAUGAGCUUCAUGAAGAUGAGUCAGGCAUAUACUAUUGUGAUGCUUGUGAGAGAAAAAGGAAUCCAGAAGAGAGCGUCUACAGAUGUACACAAGCACGAUGCCCAUAUGUUGCUCAUUUUGAUUGCAUGAAAUCUGAGGUCACACGUUUAUUGAAGGGAGAGCAGAAAGAUGUAGAGUUAAGAACUCUUGGCACACGAAUUUCUGGGAAAAUAAUGAGUGAAGACCAGGAGAUAACCGAGUUCGAACCUCAUGGUUCAACUGAUGUUAGAAGGGAAAUGGGCACUAAAGAUGUACCCACAUUGGAGAAGUUACUAGAUGUUUUCCUUGAAGAGAAGCAAAUGAAAUUCCCAGAUGCUUUUCAUAUCUUGACCAAGGAAAUGUGUGGCUUAGGACUUAAAUCUUUCUGGAAGCCACUGAAAGGUGAGGGCAGCAUUCCAAAAGCUUCCCCAUUUUCGCAUCAAGCUUUCUCCCAGUUCAGGAACAUGCUAGAGCCCGAGACAGAGAACUCACAUUUCUCGAUGACAUUUUUCGAAAACGAGGUGCUUGUUGAAGUUGAGGGAUUCAUGGUCGUCCAAAGCCUAGCCCCAGUCCUAAAAAAUUUGCUGGAGAAGCAAGGAGAUAUAAGCACGGAGUCUCGGUUGAGUUCAUAUUCAAAGAACCUGAUCUUCACUAUGCUGUGUGGGGCAAUACGGAGCAUGUCCAGCACAAAAGUUGACCAUCCCUUCUUCGAGACCUUGUUCUAUAAUUGGUGCAACCAUGUUACAAUGGCCAAGCACGCUGGGUUCGAAACCCGGUUUUUCUUGGGUCAUCUGGACAAAAUCUUGCGAGCUCGCUUUGCUGUCCAAGCAAACAAAGUUCAGGAAGAAAAGCUGAAAGAGUUGGAUGGUCAAAUCGAAAACUGUCGGGCAUCCUUGAAGGAAUGGACAGUGAAAGCAGCAGAACUGACCGAUGCACGCAGGCAGUAUCGUGAAUCUGCAGAAUCAAGCUUAAUAAAGGUGCUGUCGAUUGAGGCAGAGAGUCUUGAGGGUAACACGGUCGGCUCUGCUCUGUUAUGAUGCUGUCCCCACCAAAUUGUGGCAACUCUUAUUUCAUAUGAUGUCGUUAAGUAGCUUUGGAAGCAGUAAUCCUUUUCUUCUUCUUUUUACUUGAGCAAAAAUUUAUCUGUCUAGAUAUUUGGCUGUUGGUGAGACAUGUCGCAGAUAUUGCUGUUUAAUGAUAUGUUUUGCCUUCACCUGAA